AUGACGAAUAAAAUGUCGAUUGUCUCCUGCAAAAUUUGUGGACAAGAUUCGCAUGGGAUCCAUUUUGGUGUCCGGUCCUGUCGAGCGUGUGCCGCGUUUUUUCGAAGAUACGCCCAUUCCAAAUGGGUCAUCGCAAAGUGUACAAGGAAAUCGGCAAAUCGGGAAAUGCUUUUGCCGUCCUUGCCGAUUACAAAAAUGCUUGAAACUUGGAAUGAAUUCCAAUACGGCCGAGAAAUCUAUUCGCUAGCUUCAAAAACGCCAACAAAAUUAAACCCAACACUUGCAUCUUUCAUUGGUCGACCUGAAUUUCUGAUGUUCUGUGAUCCGCAACCAUCGAAUUCAAAGACAUUCAUUGAUGUUCAGAACUUGUUGUCUGAAGCAUCACGUCUUCUGAAUAUGGGAUGUGAAACACCGAUUCUAGCCGAGAACCAGUUGAAAAAGCUGAGCCUAGGCGCCAAAUUUCUGAAGCUUGACGUUGAAAAUGUCAAGUUUCUUGGCAGGUUCGGAAAGGACGAGUUUGUAGAUGUCAUCGAAUUUUACUUUGUAUCCGUGAUCAAGUGGAUAAGUCGAUUUGAUGAGUUUCAAAAGUUGGAAAGAGAUGUGCAGAUGACACUUUUGAAUUCCAUUUGGCACGUCUUCAUGAGAUUCCACAAAUGCUCAGCGACUGCAUUGUUCCGGAAAUCUAAUCACAAUGCUCUGCCAUCUCAAAAGAUUCUGAGAAACGUUUGUAUGGAUCGAAUGAAGUCGUGUUUGGAUACAACAUGGAUGAGUGAUUUUCCCAGGGAAUAUGUAGGAAUAUACAUGAAAUCCCAGAACAUUUACGAAGAGGACGUAAUUGAACAAAUCGAAAAAUUGAGUCCAACAGAUGUGGAGCUCACCUACAUGUUUGCUCAGACUUGUUUCCAAUAUGCUGGAAACCGAUUUCAAGGAGAAAUUCUGAAAAUCACGGAUCGAUUCCAACAAAUUCUAUCCGACGACUUGCAUGUCUAUUAUAUCGUCGAACAAAAGAAUUCGAGAUAUUUCAAAAGAUUGGCAGAACUGAUGAAGGUCAAUAAUAUGAUUCAGAAAUCCGUCUGGGAAAGCCGACCACAACGGGAGUUGAAUCGAGUGUUCAAUGUAUUGAAAAUCGGAUUUUCACACCCCGAAAUGUUUCAGGACUCCCCAUUUUGCAGUUUUACAUGA